CGGGAGCCGAGCUGACUCUCCCUGACUCUGCUGCUCUGUCGCCAUAGAUUACUGAUUUGAAACAACAACAAAACAAAAAACAAACAAAAUGCUUUCUUUCUCCCGCUUUAAUUCCUGCACACUCUAUCGGAACUACCGUCACCAAGUCGAGUCCAGCGCCUGGGAGGAUUAGAACCUGAGUGCUGUCCUAGCUCGCUCCUGACUCCGGAAAGUAGCCAACUUAGCUUAUCAAUUGUUUGAAAGUUCCCAGCCCAAAGGCCGCCGCUCCUCCUGGGGUGCCGCCUUCUCCUCUCCGCCAGGGUCCUGAGGGCCUCCCUCCGGCCUCCCGCCCUGCUGGCCCCGCCCUCGACCCUGCCCAUUUCAUCUUUUACCCCCCUUUUUCUGGGCGGUCCUAGCAGCUCACCGCCAGAAGAAAAGCCACCGGUACCUCCCCUUCUUCUACCUCCCAUCCUUUGCUCAGGAUCUGCCUUCCUCGCAGUCACGCCCCUUCCUUCCGAGGAGCUUUCUGGCUGCGUUCGCGGGUGGACCCUUGUAUUACCGCUCCAAGUCCGUUUUCUUUCGUCUCUUCUCUAAUCGCCUUCCCCCACUACUACCACCUCCAGUCUAUCUUGCCUCCUACCCUACGCUGCUCCACCCUCUGGCCCGGUAUCCUGCCUGCCCACAGCCAGCAAAGAGAGACCGAGGGGGCUGCGAGGUGGAGAGGAGCCGGGACCUGGGGCUUCGUCCCUACUCUUCCUGGCCUGUGGCCCGGGACCAAAGCCACUUGCGCCCGCAGAGAGAAUCUACACCUCGUCUCCAGAGUGCAGGAAGUCACGAGAUUUGGUUUCUGAUCCUGACCUGCUGGUGCUGAGAAAGCUAACAGAAGUGAAAGAACUAUUGACUUUCUAGAAAAAAGGCUGAGAAACUAAAGAGUGACCAGUGGUUGGACUCUUGCCGGCGCUUACCCUGAACCUGAGUGUUAGGGGAGAGGGAAUCUGCUGCUGCGGUUUCUGGAGCUGCUCAUAAGCAAGAGUUCCCUAUCCUGAUCAAGGCUUUAAGCCUAAAAGAAAGCAGAAAUAGGUCAAGGGCAGCCCAAGUGCCCAAUUUCUCUCUCUCUUCACAAAGCACGGCCAGCUAUAGAGAUGAGAAAUUCUGAAGAGCAGCCAAGUGGAGGAACUACAGUAUUGCAACGUCUGCUUCAAGAGCAGCUUCGGUAUGGCAAUCCCAGUGAGAAUCGCAAUCUUCUUGCCAUACACCAGCAAGCCACAGGGAAUGCCCCUCCAUUCUCCACUGGCAGUGGGAACCAAGGGUCUCAGAAUGAUGGACUGAGUUCCCAGGAUCAUCACCAGCAGCUCGUGGCACACCCUGCUCGGCAAGAACCCCAGGGCCAGGAAAUCCAGUCAGAAAACAGCAUCAUGGAGAAGCAACUGUCCCCUCGAAUGCAGAAUAAUGAAGAACUCCCAACCUAUGAAGAAGCCAAGGUCCAGUCCCAGUACUUCAGGGGCCAACAGCAUGCUAGUGUUGGGGCUGCUUUCUAUGUCACAGGAGUCACUAACCAGAAGAUGAGAACCGAGGGACGCCCAUCAGUUCAGCGACUCAAUCCUGGGAAAAUGCACCAAGAUGAAGGACUUAGAGACCUUAAACAAGGGCAUGUCCGAUCCUUGAGUGAAAGGCUAAUGCAGAUGUCACUGGCUACUAGUGGAGUUAAAGCUCACACACCUGUUACCAGUACUCCCCUCUCCCCACCACAACCCAAUGACCUCUACAAGAAUCCCGCCAGUUCCAGUGAAUUCUACAAGGCCCAAGGGCCACCUCCUAGCCAGCAUAGUCUGAAGGGCAUGGAACACCGAGGUCCCCCACCAGAAUAUCCUUUCAAGGGCAUGCCAUCCCAGUCUGUAGUGUGCAAGUCCCAAGAGCCAGGGCACUUCUAUAGUGAGCAUCGCCUGAACCAGCCAGGGAGAACAGAGGGGCAACUGAUGAGGUAUCAGCACCCCCCUGAGUAUGGAGCAGCAAGAACAACACAGGACAUCACGCUGUCUUUGUCAGCCAGGAAUUCUCAACCUCACAGCCCUAGUUCGUCCCUGGCGACUGGGACUUCUAGAUUGCCUUCUGGUCAACACGCCUUGGUCUCAAACCAAAGCGACCACUCUGCUCACCUGCCAAGGCAGCAGCAGCAUUUUCUUCCAAAUCAGAGUCAUCACGGAGACCAUUACCGUCACUCCCAGCCAGGCCUGACUCCAACACAUCAGCAGCCAGGAGAAGUAUAUUCAGCUAUGCCUCGGGCUCAGCAGUCUGCUUCUUAUCAGCUUAUGCCAGCUGACCCUUUCGCCAUCGUCUCCAGAGCCCAGCAGAUGGUUGAGAUCCUCUCUGAUGAAAAUCGGAACUUGCAACAUGAGUUGGAUGGCUGCUAUGAGAAGGUGACAAGACUGCAGAAGGUUGAGACAGAAAUUCAAAGGGUCUCAGAAGCCUAUGAGAACUUGGUGAAGUCCUCUACCAAAAGAGAGGCUCUGGAAAAAGCCAUGAGAAACAAGCUGGAGGGCGAGAUUCGAAGGAUGCAUGACUUCAACAGAGACCUGAGAGACCGUCUAGAGACUGCCAACAAGCAGCUGGCAGAAAAGGAGUAUGAGGGGUCAGAGGACACCAGGAAAACCAUCUCUCAACUCUUUGCCAAAAAUAAAGAAAACCAGCGGGAGAAGGAGAAGCUAGAAGCACAGCUGGCUACUGCCCAUUCUACCAAUGAAGACCAAAGGCGACACAUUGAAAUCCGAGACCAGGCAUUGAGCAAUGCCCAGGCAAAGGUGGUGAAGCUGGAAGAAGAGCUGAAAAAGAAGCAAGUGUAUGUAGAUAAGGUGGAGAAGAUGCAACAGGCCCUAGUACAGCUUCAAGCAGCAUGUGAGAAACGUGAGCAGCUGGAGCACCGACUCCGAACACGUUUAGAGAGGGAACUGGAAUCCCUUAGAAUCCAGCAGCGCCAAGGCAACUCUCAGCCCACAAAUGCUUCUGAAUACAAUGCUGCAGCACUGAUGGAGCUCCUGCGGGAAAAGGAAGAGAGAAUUCUGGCUCUGGAAGCAGAUAUGACAAAGUGGGAACAGAAGUAUUUGGAGGAGAAUGUGAUGAGACAUUUUGCUCUGGAUGCCGCUGCAACUGUGGCUGCACAGCGAGACACAACAGUCAUUAGCCACUCUCCUAACACAAGCUACGACACAGCCUUAGAGGCCCGCAUCCAGAAGGAAGAGGAAGAAAUCUUGAUGGCCAACAAGCGUUGCUUGGACAUGGAGGGAAGGAUUAAAACCCUCCAUGCCCAGAUUAUUGAAAAGGAUGCCAUGAUCAAAGUGCUGCAGCAGCGCUCUAGAAAGGAGCCAAGCAAGACCGAGCAGCUAUCAUCCAUGAGGCCAGCAAAGUCUCUGAUGUCCAUUUCCAAUGCUGGAUCAGGCUUGCUUGCCUAUUCAUCUACCUUGACUGGUACGCCCAUCAUGGAGGAGAAGCGAGAUGACAAUAGCUGGAAGGGGAGCCUAGGCAUUCUGCUGGGUGGCGACUACCGUGCUGAGUCUGUCCCAUCCACACCUUCACCUGUGCCUCCAUCUACUCCCCUCCUCUCAGUUCACUCGAAGACAGGCAGCCGAGACUGCAGCACCCAAACUGAACGUGGAUCGGAAUCGACCAAAACCGUAGCUGUCACUCCCAUCUCUGUUCCAGUGGCUGGUCCAGUUGCUGCUGCUGCUCCUGCUGCUGCCAUCAAUGCAACUGCUGCAAACAACACUGCCACUGCUGCCACCACCACCACCACCAUGGUAGCUGCUGCUCCUGUUGCUGCUGGUGCUGUUCCAGCUGUUGCUGCUGCCAAUGCUGUUGCCCCAUCUCCAGCAACUGCUGUUGCUCUUGCUGCUGCAGUCUCUCCAGCUGCUACUGUCUCUCCAGCUGCCACUGUCUCUCCAGCCAUUGUCUCUCCAAGUGCUGCUGUUCAGAUUUCAGCUGCUGCAUCUCUUACUUCUGCUACUGUUUCUCCCACUCCUGCUGCUGCUACUGCCGCUGCUACUGUAGCUGCUGCUGCUGCUGCUGCUGCUGCCACUGCUAUUCAGGUUGCUCCAGCUACUUCGGCUCCGGUUCCAGCUCCGGCUCCGAUUCCGGCUCCAGCAACGGCUCAGGCUUCUGCUCCGACUCCGACUCAGGCAUCAACUCCAGCUCCGACUGCAGCUCAUACUCCAGCUCCGACUCCAACUCCAGCUUUGGUUCAGGCUGAGGGUUCUGCAAGUCCAGGCACCAGUUCUGGACAAUGCCAUUUGACUACAGCAAAUCUGAUGUGCAAUCCAGACAACCCAGAUGGUCCUGUUGUCCACUCCAGUACUCUGGAAAGAAAAGUACCCAGUCAGAUCCUCGGACAAGAGCCUGAUGCAGAAAUGGUGGAAUAUCUCAUCUAAACAGCACAAUCAAGAGCUGGAGUUAUCAGCAAGAGUUCUUUUAAUAAUUUUUUCCCUUUUGUUUGUUUAAUCGGGGUGAAGAUGGGUUUGGGAGGUGGGGAUGAUUUUCUAAAGGAACUUUUAUUGGACUCUUGUAGUACUUAAGUAAUACCAUGGGGAUUCCAAUCAAUUUUGGAAUACUUAGGGAGUAGUUUGAAAAGAUAGGUUAAGCAGAACGUACUCUAAAGUUUGUUGUUGGGCUUUAUACAAAUCAUGGACUAUUAACAGGUAGUGAUGUCCAUUGAUGUUUUUAAUACACUUCAACCUGAGGUCAUUUUUCAUUGAAGAAUAGAGUAUGUGUGGAAGGCAGGUUGUAACAUGUAGUUCUGAAGUGGAAAUUCAGGGAUUUUGAGGACUUGCUGCUUUGUCUAGUCACUACCUAGACAAGAGCCAGAGAAAGCUUUUACUUUGGGUUUGAGAACAGAAGUGUUUUAGGAGUUAUAGAAGCUGGAGAAAAGGUAGAGAGGAUUGAGACAAAGAAGGGUGCUGUAAUCAGUUUUCUCUCCCAGUUGCCGAUUAUCCUGUCCCCUCAUAUUGAUGUUAUUUAUCUUCAUUUCAAUGGUGCUUUGGAAAUGGAUUCUUUUGGUUCCCUCCUGGAGGUUCAUACAUUCAUAUAUAUUCUCUGGAAUAAUUUAUACAUUUGGAUAAGUAAUAUAUUCCUUUCAGAUUGUAGGAAGGUAAAUGAGCAGAGUGAUACAUGACUUCUCUCAUAGAGGGCUAGAUGUUAGAGGCCUUGAUGAAAGGCUGCAGGAGAUGCUGCAUGCAGACUUUUGAGUCUCGGUAUACUCAUGAACAAGGCUCUGUCACCUUAAAUUUUUCCAGUUGACUGACUUAGCCUUUAUUUCUUCCACCAUGCAGACUCACGGCUAGUUCACAAGUCUUGGUUUUCCAGUAACUUGCAAAAUGAGGAAACAUCAUUUUUGACAGGUUGAAUGUUUUUAAUUUCUAGGAAAUACUUUGAAAUAGUUCAUUUUUUAUUUCCCCAAUCUUUACCUUGUAUCUUCAAAGGCAUAGGCAACAGAACCUCCAUGGAAAUAGCACAAGAAAUCCAAAAUACAAGGCUGCAGUCAGGGGAGAGGUUUAUUGCACCCAUCUCUUUAAUUACCUCUUCUCACUGCCAGUAACUCCAUCUUGGAAUCCCUUUGAGAAGCACCUGGGAAUGUAUACAUGGGCAGAACCAAACACAUGCCCUUGCCAUAGGGCUGCCUCUGUGGACACAGAGGGUGUCAGUUGUCACAGGUCCUUGUCCUUUGUCUCUGCCCUUCAUUAAGGAAAUAGAACUGCAGAUAAUACAUUAAAAUAAGGAAUGGUAAGGGGAGGGGCUAUUAUGUAAGAGGCGUAGACGUUUAGUGAUGUGUUCAGUUAGAAAUCAGAUCGAUACAAGGGUAACAUGUAUAUUAUGCCAUGGCUAUCACAGUGGGGAAGAGCUUUAUCUAGCCAUGUAUCUCUUCCUUCUAAUUUUAGUGAUGAGGAAUCUGAGACAUGGUAAAGUUCAGUGACUUUUUCAAGGUCACAUAGCACAUCCAUCUGUUCUGCCAAUUACAUACCCAUUUUGGGAAAUGAGUAUAAAAAAGAAGAGCCUAUUCUGAAGAAAAGGCAUCUUUAUAGUCUAGGGUAUACUUACUUUAUGAAAUUUUUCUUGGUUUGAAUAGAUUGUUUGGGUUUCUGAAUUCUAAUCUUUCUCUCCUGGAGUGCCUUGUAUGGAAUUGUUAUUUUUCUCAUCCCAUUUAAUAAUUGAGCUACAUGAAAUACACCCCUAAGAAAUCAACUCAACUGUUUUUCACUAUAAAAUUGGGCAUCAUGUCAUUUUAUGUAUUCCUCUGUGAGAAUAAGAGUGCUAUAUUUACCUGUGUACUUGUGUAGUUAUUAUUUUCCGGAGGAUGUGUGUGUGUGUACGCACACGUGCAUUUGUAGAUGAGGUAAGGUAAUACAACAACUUUUAACUAGUUCUUUUUCACAUUUUAAAUAACCAAGUGAUCAUCAAAUACAUUGGUCCUCAGUUACAGAGUGAAUGCUAAAUAGAAUUGUAAAACGGCAGCCAUGUUAAUAAUGCUCAUUCAUACCAUUUUGUUGUUGUUGUUGCAAGGGAAAAAAACCUUCAGAUAGUAGAAGAAUCAGGCAGCAAACAGCAGGAGAGCUAAUUUCUAUCAAAGCAAAUGAAUAAAAAUAAAAGAAACUUUUCAUGUUCUUUCAUGAUGACAACACAUUGAUAGAAUUUAAGCUAACUCUGGGAGCUAGGAUUAUAAUCACAUUCUGUAAAGUGACAUAUGAAAUAAAUUCCUCACUGUGGAAACCA